AUGUCGAACCAGACCCCCGAUUCUUGGGAGGAUGAUCUCUCCCGGCAAACCGAGGGUGUCAACCUGAACGCACAAGGUCGCCCUCAAGCGCCUUCCUUCACGCCUGGUGCGGCAAGCUUCCAGCCAGGCGCUGCCACUUUCACCCCCGGCGCCUCGUCCUUCGUUCCCGGACAGCAGUAUCAGCAAUACGGCGGUGGCUACCAGUACAAUCAGUACGGCCAGCAAGCAUACGGAUACCCCCAGCAGUCCCAUGGCCAAUAUGGCGCAUACAACCAGCAGCCCGGUGGUUACAACCAGAACCAGUACUAUAACCAGCAACCUGGUGGCUUCCAGCAGCAGCAGCAACCCCGUCAGCCUGCGCCCGCCGCUGCCCAACAGCCUGCCCAGCCCGCCCCCAAGCCUGCCCCGAUCGCCUCCGCCGCCCCUCCCAAGGCCAAGGUCCUGUCCAUCGGUGCUACCUCCUCCAGCGCCGCUCCGAAGACCAAGGUGCUUUCGAUCGGAACUCCUACCCCCGCGCCGGCCGCUGCCCCCGCCGCCGCAACCACUUCGACCACUACAACCAAGGGUGAUACUAAGGGUACUGAGGCUGCCGAGGCUGGUGCCAAGGUGACCGCAGCCAAGGCCAUUGAGAAGACCGAGAAGAAGGCCGACGCUAGCGGCAAGACCUCUCCCGCUCCCUCCUCUGGUCGCUCCAGCCCUGGCCGUGGCGAGGCCGCCAAGGCUGCCCGUGCCGCUGAUGCUGUGGCCAAGGCCCAGCUAGCCGAUGUCGAUGAGGCAACUCUCAAGGAAAUCUAUGGUGAGAGGCGCGAACAUAUCAACGUUGUCUUCAUUGGUCACGUUGAUGCCGGAAAGUCCACCCUGGGUGGUUCUCUGCUCUACUGCACUGGCAUGGUCGAUGACCGAACUCUGGACAAGUACAAGAAGGAAGCUAAGGAGGCAGGUCGUGAGACCUGGUACCUCUCAUGGGCUCUGGAUUUGACAAACGAGGAGCGUGCCAAGGGUAAGACCGUCGAAGUUGGUCGUGCUUUCUUCAAGGUCACAGUCCCCCACCCGGAUGGCCCCAUCGAACGUCAGUUCUCCAUUCUUGAUGCCCCCGGUCACAAGUCCUACGUUCCCCACAUGAUUGGAGGUGCGUCCCAGGCCGACUUGGGUUGUCUUGUUAUUUCCGCCCGUAAGGGUGAGUACGAGACUGGUUUCGAAAAGGGUGGUCAGACCCGUGAGCACGCUCUGCUUGCCCGCAACACUGGUGUUCAGAAGCUGGUCAUUGUCGUCAACAAGAUGGACGACCCCACCGUCGAAUGGAGCAAGGCUCGCUUCGACGAGUGUACUGUCAAGGUCAUUAAGUUCUUGGAGGCUCUUGGCUACAAGAAGAGCGAUAUCUUCUGCAUGCCCAUCUCCGCUCAGACGACUUUGAACAUCAAGGACAGACUUCCCGCCGGUGUCGCCCCCUGGUACGACGGCCCGUCUCUGCUGGAAUACCUUACCGAAUUUAAGCUUCCCGAGCGUAAGAUCAACGCUCCUUUCAUGAUGCCUAUUAGCGCCAAGUACCGUGACAUGGGUACCAUGGCUGAGGGUCGUGUCGAGUCUGGCGUCAUCAAGAAGAACGGCUCUUAUCUGAUGAUGCCUAACCGUACCGAGGUUCAGGUCUCUGCUCUCUACGGUGAGACUGAAGACGAAAUUUCCACCGCUUCAUGUGGUGACCAGGUCCGUAUGCGUCUGCGUGGUGUGGAAGAGGAGGACUUCUUCCCCGGUUUCGUGCUCUGCUCUCCUAAGCGCCCCGUCCACUGUGUCUCUGCCUUCGAGGCCAAGAUUCGUAUUCUUGAUCUGAAGAACAUUCUCACCGCCGGUUUCAACUGUGUCCUUCACGUUCACUCUGCUAUUGAGGAGGUCACUUUCGCUGCUCUCCUUCACAAGCUCGAGCCAGGCACUGGCCGCAAGAGCAAGCGCCCUCCACCAUUCGCCAACAAGGGCCAGACUAUCAUUGCCCGUCUUGAGGUGACCGGCACUGCUGGUGCCGUCUGUGUUGAGCGAUUCGAGGACUACCAACAGCUGGGACGAUUCACUCUCCGUGAUCAGGGACAAACGAUUGCGAUUGGUAUGAUCACCAAGCUCAUCCUGUCGGAGAACGAGGAGUAA